UUUUACAUCGUACGGGCUACGGAGAACAAAUGCACUAAUUUGUUUCUUGUUGAAAGUGCUCGAAUAACGUUAGGUUCUAGGGUUUAAUGGAGGGGGGGAGAGACUUAGAACUAGGUUACGGUGCCAUAAUUAAUAAGCCAGGGAACAAAAUGUUCGAACUUCAUUGGAAUGUUAUAUGUGUCCGGCUGGGGCUCGACGAUUCCAAGGUCGGACAUGCGCAUCCAAUACCGAUAUCUGGCUUUAACGUUUUGUGCAUCCCAUCGCCACUCUCGACGGCAACUUUACAUCAGUUGUUUAUUUGUUAUGAUGAUGUAAACCAGAAUCAACAAAAAUGGCUGCUCAAUUCAAUCAUAAAUUAUAUUUUACAAUUUAAAAUAUGUGUAAGAAAAUUUUGGUUUCAUCUGAAUAUUUUUGAUAUAAAUAAUGAUGUGUAAACUUAGACUGAAAGGAUACAGAAUAUUAACAGGAUGGAAAUAUCUAAUUAUUCAAAUAAUAAUAAUGAUUUGGUGACUAAAAUUGAACAAUGCAGUGGUAUGCACGUCAAGUAGCAAAUUAUCCAAGUCUAAUAAUAUUGUUUGUGCUUGCCAUUGCACUGACUUGUGUUAUUAUUUCAUUGAAAGUUACUGAUUUACCUACUUUUGAAGAGCCUAUUCAAGGAUUUGAAUCAAGAGGUACUAUUCUUUCUCAAAGGGCAACUGCAUGGACACAUCUUGAAAAGCAUUCAGCAUGGGGUGGAUCUUUGACUACAAAUCCUGUGAAAGAUGAUGAUUUUUCAUAUAAUAAGAUAGGAAAUUCAAGUCAUCAAGGUUUUUCAGACUUUACAAUUGAAUUCAAUAAUAGAACAAUAAAUGUUACAUCAGAAAAUCACUUAGAAAAUGGAAAACAAAAUUAUCAUACCAGUAAGUGGACAAUGCUGGAAAAUGAAGAAGAUACUUUGAGUGCAGAUAAUUCCAAUACAGAUAGUGAAGUGACUUUUGGCAUUAUAAGAGAGAAAGAAGUACAUACUCAUCAGAACAGGUUCAUUCCUGGAAAAAAUGAGUUCUUUUGCAAUGAUCCUGAACGGGAUUAUUCACGUGUUGUUUUUCAAUCUGUUAAUGGAGAUGAUUUGUUUACUGCAGAAUCCUUGAGAUCUAUAUGUCAGAUUGAUGAAAAACUUCGUAAUUUUUCUGAAUUUGAACAUUUAUGUGAACAAACUCCCCAAGGAACGUGUUGCAGAAGUUGGUCGCUUCCUAAUUAUGUGGCAUUAUUGUGUAAUUUAUCCUCUUGUCAUGAAAUCUCAGAGGAAAAUGUUACUUAUGUAAAAGAAUUUUUAAAAUCAUGUGCAGUUUAUUAUUAUAAUGUUAAAUUAAAUCAUGAAUGUACCAGCAAUCCAGUACUUUGUAGAGAUGCUCCAAAGCAAUGCAGACAGUAUAAUGCUGUUUACAAUAUUAUGCAUUACUUCACAGAUAUAAAUUUUUUUACGAAACAUUCUGACUUCAAUAAAACAUCAAAAUUAACUUAUACUAUGGUGUUUUUGCCAAUUGCUCGAAGCUCAACAACAUUGAAUUAUUAUACAAAUCUAGAGAAGAUCUCAUUGGCAGAUGGAGUUACAAAAGUUGUUGCCAUGAAAUUAGGAUCAAAACAAACUUUGUUUGAUGAUUAUCUGUUACAUGAUACAAUCUAUGUAGGUUUAGCAGCAGCAGCAACAUUUCUAUUACUUUGGAUGUAUUCAGCAUCAUUUUUUGUAACUUUCAUGACAUUUAUGGCUAUAGUAUUCUCUCUCAGUAUUGCAUAUUUUAUAUAUACAGUUGUUUACCAGAUUUCAUUCUUCCCUUUUAUGAAUCUACUUACAGCAGUAAUUGCUAUAGGAAUAGGUGCUGAUGAUGCAUGCAUCUAUUGUAAAGUAUGGUUAUGUGCCAAAGCAGAAAAAAAUAAUGGAACACUUGUAAAAUUAGUAAGAGAUACACUUCAUCAUUCCUGUCUCUCAACAUUUGUAACCAGUAUUACAACUGCAGUAGCAUUUUUUGCAAGUUUUACAAGCAGUGUUACUGCAAUCCGCUGUUUCAGCAUAUUUGCUGGAACUGCAGUCCUUGCCAAUUUUCUUUUUACAAUCACAUGGAUACCAGCCUCAAUUGUAAUUGCAGAGAAAUGGUGUUCAUCUACUUGCUGCCUUUGUAUACCACCAUUUGGUAUUUAUUUACCACAAUUUCAAAGGUUUUGGUGCUGUUCAUCAAUAUGUAACACUAUGUGGAAACUGCAUUACAAUUUUACUGAUUCAGCGAGAGUAUUUUUUGAAAAAAUUCUUCCUUGUUUGAUAAUUAAACCAAGAUUCUUUUGGUUAUUUUUAUUUGGCUCUCUUGCUGCUGGGGGAGCAAUUGUAGUCUUUUAUUACCCAAGCCUUAGUCUUCCAGAUUCAAAAGAAUUCCAAAUAUUUAGUAAUAAUCAUCCUUUUGAAAAAUAUGAUUUAACUUUGAAAAAUCUUUUUAGAUUUGAAAGAGAAAAAGAACAAUUACUUCAUAGGUUAUCUGUAAUUAUUGUUUGGGGAGUAUUACCAGUUGAUAAUGGUAAUUAUCUGAAUCCAUUUGAUAAAGGCAACUUGGUGUUUGAUCCUUCUUUUAAUAUUGCUGCUCCUAGUUCACAAAGAUGGUUUCUAUCAUUCUGCAAGCAAUUAAGAAAUCAGAGUUUUUAUCAACCUUCACCUUAUCGUUCCUCAAUUUGUUUUAUUGAGCAUUUUAAAAAAUGGAUGAAAAGGAGAUGUAUUGACAUGUCUGACAGAGAUCAGACUCCUUGUUGCAAAACAUCAAAAUUUCCUUAUAAGGAAGAAGUAUUCAAAAAAUGCGUGAAAGAAGCUAUGAGGUUAAAUUUUCGUGGAAAAGAGAGAUAUAUAAAUGAAGCUCUGUUGCCACGUCUUUCAAAAGAGACUGGUGAAAUUAAAGCAAUAGUUGUUGAAUCAAACAGUGCAUUUACAUAUUCUGUAUCAUUCAAUGAUAUGUAUAAAUUCAAAACUAGUGUAGACACUUGGGUUUCAAAGGUUAUGGAAACUGCACCCGAAGGAAUAAGAAAUGGAUGGUUUAUUAGUGAUCUCGAUUUCUUUGAUCUACAAGAUAGUCUUUCGAGAGGCACAUCCGUUGCUAUUGGAGUUGCUAUUGGCGUAUCAUUUAUUUCUUUAUUAAUAACAACACUUAAUUUACUAAUUAGUAUCUAUGCCAUUAUCACAAUAGCAUGCAUUAUUAUUGUAACUGUUGCAUCUUUAGUACUACUUGGAUGGAAACUCAACAUUUUGGAAAGUAUUACUGUAUCAGUUGCUAUAGGGUUAGCAGUUGAUUUGACUCUCCAUUAUGGUAUUGCAUAUAGAUUAUCACCCCAUGAUGACAGAGAAUCAUCUGUUAUAUUUUCUCUAUCAAGAGUGGGAAGUCCUGUGGCAAUGGCAGCAUUUACAUCAUUUAUGGCAGGUGUACUUAUGUUUCCAUCUGUGAUAUUAGCAUAUCAACAAAUAGGAACAUUCCUUGUAUUGUUGAUGUCAAUAAGUUGGUUGUAUGCAACAUUUUUUUUCCAAUCUCUCUUGAGUUUUGCUGGACCCAGAAAAGGCCAGCUUCAACUAAAUUAUCCAACCGUCCAUUGUUGCAAAUCUUCUGCAGCACCCGUAGAAAAAACUCAAUAUGCUCUUUCAGAAUCCACGCUAUCAACUUCCAGUGCCAGUUGUCCAGUUCCAAUUCCAACCAGCGAAAGUCACGAACUGGAACCUCUGACCAAUGUUAAAGGAACAUGGGCAGAAUUUAUGAAACAAAAUAAAAAUAAACAUAGACAAAGAUCGGGUAGUUUUUCAGCAGCUUUUUCUAGAAGCAAAGAUCCUAGUUUUAAUAUUUAUCCAAACAAAUAUACAAGGAAAAUAAGUCUGCCAAUUGUUAAUAUUGCAAAUCAGGCAGAUUCAUGCAUAAGACACAUUUCGGGAGCAACAAGCUCAUCAACGAUCGUCUGCACCGAAGAAUCCAUUACAUCACACAAGGAAAACGACUCUAAUGAAUUAUGGUGUAAAAGAGAAAUAAGUGUUUAAACAUUUACAGUAACUGAAAUAACAUCAUUGAAACUGAAAACAUUGUGAUAUGUAAAUGAAUAAUUCAUAUUUAGUAAACAGCAUAAAAUUAUGUAGAAAUCAAAUACCACUUUUUUUUAUAUUUGAACAUAUAUUUCUGUCAAAGAAAGAAGUGGUGUCUAGAUAAUAUGUAAUUUUCUAUUGCUGUGUUAAAUAUUGAUAUGGAUUAGAAAAAUUUUUAUUGCAUUGUUGUGAGACUGAAAAAUGUUUUGUAUAUACUAUAAGAUAUCAAAAGAAUAAACAACAGUGAAUAUGUAUUCAUGUGUGUUUCUGUAAAAUAUAUUACAUAAAUGUUAUAUGACCAUCCAUGCAAUUGUAUAAAAUGAAGUGCCCUCUUUACUUUAAUCAUUAUUGUUUAUAUCUGAUUUCUUUUGUAGUAACAGUUAUAAAAAAGUUUACAUUUCGUGGAUUUUAAAUAUAAUUUAUAUAUGAAAUUUCAAUAGGACCAUUAAUUCAUCUUAUGACAUAGUUGUAAUAAUUUUACAAAUUGUUUGUGAAUUUUUAUUUAAAUGAUCAUGAUUUACCAAUAAAA